GAUACCCAAAAUACCACCCCAAAGAUGCACAUUUUCGGAAUCAGCGCAUCAGCAUCGAGGGCAUCGAGAAGGACCUGCGUACCAAUUUUGAGCUAAAUUGAAACACCCCGAAAUAUGCUGCUGUGAGGCUGAUAUUCGUUGCUGCUAAAUUGACAGACGUAGAGUUCAGUGAGGUGGCAAGAGGUGGACUCACUGAACGCACUGAACUCCACCUGAACUCUAUACCUCUGACUCUAAGAUUGUGAACGUAGUAGAUACCAAGAUUCUUACAGAUAGUAGAUACCUCGGCUCGGGCCACUGAACUCCGCUCAGGCUCACUUGGAGUUCUAUAUACCGUGGAGUUCAGUGGGCUCAAUUAAGGCUCAAGAUGGGCUUUGGGCUCAAGGCCCUAAAUCAAGCCCUAAAUCAAAAUAGGCUAAAUAGAGUGGGCUCAGGAGUAGUAAAGUAAUCUUGGGGCUCACUAUGCUAUAUUGAUAUGCACGAAUAUGGAUCACUCCUAGCUGUUUAUAAAUUAUAUUAAAAUUCUAAAUUGAGAAAAGGUUCAUGCAUUUGUAAAUUGUAAUAGUAGUUUUUUAUAUCUUCCAUAAGUUUUUUUUCAUGAAAUACUUGCAUGCCUUAGAUGGGUCGUCCUAUGCUGAAUAUGUCUGGCGUUGUGGCGGGAUUGUAUUGGAAAUUUCAGCACAUAUUCACAGCAUUAUUUCGCAUGCACUGAACACAACACAUGGUGGCCACUGAAUUUUUUGGCGCAGGGCGGUAGCAUAAUUUUAUUGUGAAUGGCAGUGCCAAAUUCUUCGGAUCUGCAAAUUCUGGGGUCUGCACAUGCUGUUGGAACUUUCAACAUGAACGUCACGUGCUGCAUGUCUUCCUGGCAGUUGCAACUUCCACAUGCUCUGGAAGUGGUGCAACACUAAUUAGAGGUGUGCACCAUUCAGAUUCAGCGGUCAUUUUUGUCCCAGAAACCACCCUUUGCUAAGCUUUACCCAAUUUUGUGUUAUUCUGCCCAAAUUUGGGCCUCUUUCCCAUGACCAUAUUAAAGAGUAUGCUGAACGCUCUCUCCUCGCUCCGCUACCAUGUGGUUCCUUUUAACUGCUGGUAUGCUGCUGGCCUGUGUGGCCUCAGCACGUGGGCAGCUAACUGACAACAUUGAUGAUAUGCUCAACUGGUGCCUGGAUGGAAAACAUCACAAGUCUCGGCCAGGACCAGAGGACGAACUGCACAGAUUUUGCUCUCCGUGGCGUGAGCGGGCCUGCUGCACGGCCAACAUCAGCCGCGCGCUGCACACCUCCUCGCUGCACGGCUUCACGUACGACCACUGUCCGGGCCGCACCAUGUCGGCCGAGUGCCGCUGGUACUUCCAGCGCGACCACUGCUUCUACGAGUGCUCGCCCAACAUCGGACCCUGGGUCACAAAGGUGGACAUGAAGAUCCGCAACGAACGCUUUGUGGACGUGCCACUGUGCGCCACUCACUGCACCAUGUGGUUCGAGGCCUGCAAACGCGACUUCACUUGCACCGACAACUGGACGCGCAACUUCCGCUGGAAGAACGGCACCAACCACUGCCCGGCCGGCGCUCCGUGCUUCACAUUCGAGCAGGUCUACCAGACGGCCGACAACUUCUGCGAGAAGGUGUGGGACCACUCGUGGAAGUUCACGGCGGACACGGAGCCGUGCAUGCAGCUCUGGUUCGACCCCGCUCAGGGGAACCCCAAUGACGCCGUGGCGCGCAUCGGGGCCGAGCGGGUGGUGGCGGCCGGCGCGUGGUCGCUGCCGCCGCCGGCCGCCGCGUGGCUGGUGGCCGCAGCGCUGGCGGCAGCGGCCUGCCCCUGACCCGGUCACCGUGUGUCGAGCACAGAGCGCCCACUGAGGUCAGUCUUGUGAUCGAGCUUCCGCGCCGAAGGUCGAACAGCUGGAGCCGGCGACCAGCGGCGCGGGCACGGCGGCCUGAGUGCCGCGAUCUGAUCCAGAUCUGCUGCAACCCAUUGUAUUCUCCUGUAGUCGAUCGGUAGGUACUCAUUUUGCUGAUAUUAGACGAGUGGCGUGUUUUGAUACCCUGUAUUGGAGACUGCCGUCUCGGGUGGUCCGUCUCCGACAGCGCUCGACUGUGGCGUCGGCUGCGGGUGUUAUGUACAUAGACGGGACGCCGCGGCUCGGAUUAGGAGCUGGACCCGGUGCGUGGUAAUGGAUUUUGUUCGGGGCGGGGUCCCACACCGUAGUGCAAUACUAGCGAUUUGCGACAACUUACCAAGGUAAUUUGUAGAGUACGUGUUUUGAUGGAUACGAGAGACAGUCCGUCUUUCGCUAUCAGUCAUUUGGUUCAAGAUACCUUCGAUAAGAUACCCUGAAGAUACUUUACAAGAUAUGAUCUGAAAACUAAAUGCGCUUUUCUUCCUCAACAUGUGUUACGGGUGGUAUGAGUCACUGCGUUUUUGUUCCACACACAUGUUGGGGCGGCCGGUCCGCCCACAGCUGAUGCAUGCUCAGCCGCUGAUGCCUGGGGAAGCGCUGUGCUGUUUACGCUCACAGGUCGCCGGCUCGAGAGCUGUUCGGUCGCUGCUGUCAAAACAGUUCCCACAAAAACACGCCGGCUGAGCGGCUGACACUUCACCACUGAGAGGCCGAGUAGCGUUAGCAGGUAGCCUUGUUCACCUAUAUGUCCGACCUGAGCCCACUGGUAAAAAGCGGCGACCGAGCAGCCCUCCGCAGCGCCGCGAAUCCUGUACACUGUAUUAUACGCAGUACAGGUGUGUCUGCCCUGCACACAGAGACACAGGACGUUUUGUAGAGCUUUUAUAUCCGCUUACCGCUGAAAGGAAUAUUGUACAUUUUGAGAGCUUUCAUAUAUGCGAGAAAAUAUAGUGCAAUAAAACAUUUAUGAAUCCUGUUGGAUUUUAUAGCUUGCUG